AUGGACGCGACACCUAUGCCCGCAGUCGGCACGCCCUCAGCAAAGCAUGAACAACCUCCACACCAACCUGAACCAACCAAACUGUCGCGCAAGUCCGAAGAAGGCGUGGCAAUCGAUUGGAAGGGCCUUACCUUUCCACCGGUUGUUGGGCGCGAAGGACGUGCCAAUGGAAGCAGCACUACCUGGACAUCGUCGAACUGCGACAUGGGCAACAUAACCGAUCUCGAUGAAGCCGAUAACCGCCCCGAGUAUAUCCAGGAGUAUAAUCGAAUUGCAGCAAAGGUCCGGAACACCUGGAUCCCCGCGCAGCUGCUCAAUCUUGCUGACUGUUGGCAGUAUGGCAUCCGACUCUUCGACGCUGAGGCGGCCAAUGCUCCCAACAGCUCAUUGCAACCAGGCCAGUCUCCGGGACAGAAUCGCAGGAGCUGGUUUUCACGGACAUUCAUGCGCCAGCCUUCGGGCAUGAGUAUGGGCCACAACGGAGAUGUGAAGUUCAAUCAGAAGCCCAAGAUCAAGCAUAGUCAUAGUGACUUGGCAGUCCAUCUGGUAAACAACGUCAACAAGGACUCCUUAAAGGACGAAUACCUUCAGUCACUCGCACUAGCAUCAGGGGAAGCAGAUCUCUGUUUCUAUAUGCUUACUGGAACAACAGGAGCUGAGACGAGAGGAGUGUUUCGCAUACCUGGAUCGGUCCGGAUCGUCAACGCUCUUUACCAAUUCUAUUGCGCCGACAGAGAUUCUGACAAGAUAGCCAGCUCAACAUGUUUCCCUAACCUACCUUCCCAUAUCCAAGCGAGCGCCCACGAUGUCGCCUCGACCUUCAAGCGCCUGCUCUCUGGGCUGCCUGGUGGUAUCCUUGGAUCGCUAUCUCUGUUCGAUGCAUUUGUCGCCAUAUAUAGCUAUCUCAAGGGUGAACCUGAGUCCACAGCCACGAGGGUGACAAAACUGAGAGCAAGAUUGAUCGCCUUAGCCAUUGGAACUGUUAGAUCUCAUCUCCGGCGCGAUUUGAUCUGUGCUGUGUUUGGGCUUCUUUGCCUCAUUGGUCGUGUGGCAGAAAACACACCUCGAGAGGAUGAGCAUGGUAGGCCUCUCCCUACUACUGAUUUGAUGGGCUACAGUGCUCUUGGGAUUGUGUUUGGUCCUCUUUUGGUCGGGGACCUUCUCAGCUCCUAUACCAUCAAGAAUGAAGAUCCUAUUACAGGCCCAGUGCUCGAGGCUGUCACCCCCCAACCUUCCAAGGAGAAACGGUGGUGCAAAUCCUACGACAACACCCAAAAGUCAGCUCCUUCAGUUGACAAGGUCUUGUUGGCGAACAAUAUCACUGAGAUGCUCAUCACACACUGGCGGGAGGUUGUCAGGCAUAUGAAGGGUCUCGAAAUUUCAAGGAUGAGCACGGAGAAAGGUGGUCAUGGUGCAUCCAGGGAGCAGCCCUGGCGUCGAUAUGCGAUCAGGCCGUCCAUCACCGAAUCUUUUAUGAGAGGUGCUCUCGAUCACACUCCUUCGAGAACUUUAGCAUAUACCUUUGACAACGAUUCCUCCCCGCCUGGGACUCCAACGCCGAAGCCAUCGGCCCAAAGGAGCACGACCAUUGCCAGCCAGUUGCACGAAUGGACGGUUAACCAUUCACUGCUUAUCACCUCCCACCGAAGAGCCGUCUGGUAUGUUGGAGUCGCCUGCAGCUCCCAAGCCAAGUGA